AUGGUGUGCUCUGCCAAGUCAGGCACAAAAGAAAGGCUGCCAAUUCUUCACGUUGCCUUUUUAUUGGCACUGGAAGGUGCAUAUUUCUAUACUGUGUGCACUAUCUUCAGCUUUGCAGGUGUCCUCAGUGUAGAUCUUGGAUGGGCUCCAGACAACAACGAGGCCGGCUUUGUGGCAGGCUGGCUACAGUCAUCCAAUGUUUGCGGCCGCAUCUUCACGUCUCCGAUGUGGGGCGUGGUUGCUAGCCGCUAUGGUAUCAAGGUGGUGCUUUCUAUAACUUUGGUAUCCAUGUUGAUUGGAUGCAGUCUGUUCGGUUUUUGCACUAACCUCAUUGCAGCGAUGAUUGUUCGCUUCAUAUUCUUUGGGCUUCUCAAUGGCUGGCUGGUGUUAACGGGCCCUUGUGCAGUCGCUGCUGUGGGCCGGGAACGUCAAACGGAGCUUCUUGGAUUGAUCUUCGCCGCCGGAUGUGGCAUGCAGCUGAUCGGCCCUGCAAUCGGAGGUUGGACGUACGGCCUCGUGGAAGAAUUCCCAGCGUUGCUGCCCAGCCUCGUUGGAUGUGCUUUGAGUAUUCUUGCUCUGGUCCUUUUUUCAGGGGUGCACCAGGCAUUCUCACAGGAGCAGCCGGUGGAGAAGGCAGAAGCGGCAGAAGGGGCAGAAGCACCGCUUGCCAAGUCCAAGUCUUUGCUUUUCCAAUGGCCUUUGCCUCUGAUCUUCCUCAUGCGCUUUGCAGGAGGAUGUGCGUCGUAUACCAUGUACGAAGCAGUGCCGCUGUGGCUCAUCUCUGACACCGAGCUGGGUGGAUUCGGACUGACUGAGAAGUCCGUGGGCUCUUUUCUGUGUAGAUCUGGCCUUUGGAACAUCAUCUACUUCACUUGGAUACUACCAUGGUGUUCCAAGAGGUUUGGAAGUCGCUGCUUCUCUGUCGUCACAAGCACCAUUGCGAUAGUCACUGCUUGCAUCUUGCCCUUCUCCGUAAACAUUCCAUCCGCCAAUGUCUUGCACCUCAUCUGGGCUUCGGCCCUGGUGUCUAACAACGUGCUGAAUGCUGCUUUCACGAACAAUGCAGUACCUGUGGAAGACCGUCUCCUGGCAAAUGGUUUCGCAGUGACUGCCGAGACGAUUGGGAAGGCUGUUGGACCAGUGGCGUCUUCAUCAGUCUUCGCAUGGACACUGAGAAAGUGGGGAUGGCACGGACACAGCGUUGUGUUUUUUAUCCUGGCAGGACUUUCCUUAAUUCAAAUUAUUUGUGUCCGUUGUCUUCCAAGCUAUGUGGAGCCUGUCUGCCAGCCGCCUUGCGAUAAAGUGCAAUCCGAAGCUGGUAGUGCCGUAAGCAAUGAAGCUAAGACCCUGGAUGCUUGA